AGAGAAGUGGCCAAUAGGUGGGCAGAGCGCCGGCAGCUGUAAGGAAUGGAGUCGCAAUCGCCCGAUUCGGACGCGAGCGUCGAUGAGUCUCUCUUUGCUCUCUUGCUCGAUCUGGGGAUUCCGGAGGCUGCAGCGCGGAGGGCUCUGGCGCUCACCGGUGGUCAUUCUGCUGAAGCAGCGGCGCAGCUUUACUUCAGCAGCGGUCUCGAUUCCCAGGAUGAAGAUGAGGCACAGGGCAGCGAUGUCAAUCUUCUCCCAAGCAGACACCACAAGAUGGUCUUUGUGGUAAACAUGGAACUCUCCAUGGGAACUGGAAAGAUCGCUGCUCAGGUGGGACAUGCAGCCAUUGGCUUGUUCCAGCUGGUGCAUGAAAAGCCAAGUCAGAGGGACAUGAUCAACCAGUGGGAUGAGCAUGGUGCAAAGAAAGUUGUGCUUCAGGGAGUCAACACAGACCAGUUGCUGGAACUGCACGCGCUUGCCCUGAGUCUAGAAUUGCCAACCUACCUAGUGCAAGAUGCCGGAAGGACACAGGUCUCAGCUGGGUCGCAGACAGUCCUUGCUAUCAUGGGAGAAGAAGAGCUGGUGAAUCAGGUGACUGGGCAGCUAAAACUGCUGAACUGAGAUGUUGUGCAAUUGGGCUGUCUGUGGGAUCCCUGGAGAGCCUAAGCCAUCUCCUCCUCUGCCAACAACUCAAGAAACCACCGGAGCAGAACAGAAGCCCCAAGUGACAGCUCUCCUUUGUAAGAGGAGCUUCCUUCUAGACAAAGGAAGUGAUAGUUCUCCUGAUCCAGAUUUCUAGUGGACUCUCGAGUGGGUCUGUGUGAGGGUCUGACCCCUUGUUCUUCACCAUUUAUAAGCAGGCUGCUCUCUCUGUACAAGUAAUGCUUAGGCAUUUUCCCCAUUUAGUUAAGGGGAAACUGCAAGGAUCAUCCAAGGUUGCCUUGCCCUCCUGAUGCCCUUCAGAUCUAUUCACAUAAUCCAUUAACCCCAGACAAGUGUGGUCAACCCCCAUCUUCCCCAAGUGAGAAAGUGCUGGUUACUCUAGUAUAAAUUCUCACACCGUUUGGCUAUCUUGUGCCAAGAGUAUCUAUCACACUUUUUUUUUUCUGUGAUGUGAAAAGGAACAAAAAGCGUUGCACUCCUUGAGAGCUUCAUCCGACUUAACCUGCUAGGACUUCUCUUCAAUGGAGGCAAAGGCUAUGGUUGUUCCUGUUUAGAAGGCUGUUAACUUCUCUGUUUAGCUAGUGUAUAUUGUAAUUGGUGGUGUCUGUAUCUUAUUUUUAACUUCCACAAGUGGGCUGUGUCUUGCUUUAUGAUUUGUGUCAGUUUCUAAGUGGCUUUGAAAAACUGGAUUUUCAAAGCAACACUAAUCCUAUUCAGACAUUUCCCUUAAUAGCUGAAUUAAAAUUGCAGUAAUAGUCAUUGUGAAAAAAAUGUUCAGCAACACGAAGGUCUAGAUUUUCCCAUCUUAAAACAGCUUUUUAAUGUUUGCGUCUUUGUUCUCAAAAUAUUAAGAACAAGAAAAAGCCAAGAUUAUAUAGCAGAUCUGUGACAGUGUCUUUUUCUAUAUCUUUGUUAACGUGGUAACAUUAUGUUCUGGGCUUUUUCAGUGCUGGUCCAAUAAUUCCUUUCUUUGCCAGUACUAAUUUUUACAUAGACCCCAAGAGUGGUAAUUCUAGAUUUAUGUGACUGACACUAGGAAUAAAACUAGUGUGAACUGUUCUGUCAUAGUUACAAGAUUUUCUCUCUGGCAGAGCUCUUGUAGCUUUUAAGUACCGGGCAAUUUGAAAUUUAAUACUUGCCAUUCCCCACCCCCCGGUUUGUAGAAAACUAAGGGAAUUUUUGUGUUUGUUAACUCCCCCAGCUAUUACUGUCAAUACAGGCUAUGCAUUUUGUGAUUGAUGCCUUGCACUCUUAUAGUGCAUGCUGAUGAAAUAGUUGUGUGCAGAUGGUAAAAUCUGUGCAAUUUGCUGUACAAAUAAGAACGCCUCUAAAUCCAAGCUCCACUUGAAUAGCUUUUAACUAUAAAGUAGCAUAAGUGAUUUGAUGAUGGAUUAGUCACAGCCCCAAGCACACCGGGGCAUUGAUCAAUUGGCAUCAACUUGCAAUCAGAUCAUUUUGAAGGCCAGACCAUCUGUUGCUUACAGGAAUAGCACCAUCGAGAGCUAGCACAAAUAUCCCAUUUGGAUAAGGCUGUUGUUUUUUUUUCUGCCUUCGCACUUGUCCUUCAAACCACACCAUGGUUCUGUGACUUGGCCCACUACCCUGGCCUUUUUUGAGUAAUAUGGAGCCUGAAGCUCUUGAAGAAGAGGAUGAUUCCCCUUUUCUUUCCUCCAAUAGCAAUGUUUGUUAGGCAGUCACUCUUAACCUUGCCACUGAAGUCAAAAGUAUUUUGCCACACAACGACACACAUUACUGGCAGGAGCCCAUAUUGCAGACCAACAGGGAAGACAAAAAAAGCUGCCAGUAGGUUAAGAGCCUCUUGAAAUAAAGCAUGAUGUUUAUGGCUGAAUCAUAAACCCCCUGAUGGUCUGGAGUGACUUGUAAGAGCAGUCCUGCUGGUAGGCAUGCAAUUUAUUAAGUUUAUGUAGCUACAAAAGUAAAGAAACAAAUUGCCUCGGCUAUUUAAGGCCCAGACGAAGCUGGGAAAAGAGGUGGCAUAUCUUCUUUGCUUUGCCUUUUGUGUUUCAGAGCAUCAACUGGUUCAGGAAAGUGCAAAUAAGCUGCCAGUUAGAAGAAUGUAACAACUGUGCAAAGAGUGAGGAAAAAUCUGUAACAUUUACUCCAAUCUAAGAUUUGUCUAGUAAUCCAUUCAUACUUCAUAUUUUCUUACUAGCCAAUGCUAUGAGCGAUUGUGGAAUCUGAUGUUUGUGAGAGGGAAUCCCACUUAGAUCAGUACAGUUCACCUCCAUGCACACUCAAGUAGAACUGUGAUGAUUGUUGUUACAAACUAGUCCUUCUCUCCCCAUUGUUUCACCGCCUCUUCCUGCAAGAGGCUGAAUUUAAUCCUGCCCCCUUAACAUCAGGGUGGUGCAUAGCGAGGUCCCCAAUCUUUUGGGCACCGGGACGGGUUCCACGGAGAGUUUUUCCAUGGACUGGAGGGUGUGUGGUUUUGUGUGCUGCCUGCAUGCCGCACAUGGGGCUUUGCUUCCUUGUGCAGACCGGUUGCUGGCAUGCCACAGCCUGGUACUGGUCCACAGCCCAGGGAUUGGGGACCCCUGGUGUAUAGGAACAGCACUAUUCAAGCAAUCUCCCUUUAUAUUAGUAAUAUAAACAUUGUAGCUGUAGCUGUUACGAUUUGGUGAUUGCUAACAGAGGUGACAUUUCACCCAUUGUAUGGGAUUGCACUAGAUACAGCUGAGCAGUAGGUAAUGUGUGGCAAAGGAAAUUGAAGGCUACCCAUCAGAUUGAUGGGUAAAUCAGGUCACAAUGUGCCCUCUGAAUAUAUUUCUCACUAUACUUGCAGAAUGCUUUUGCUGGAGCCUUCAAUCUUUAGCCCUUACCCAAAUUCAGCAAAGUGCGGCAUAAAUAAUGUGGAAUGUGCGAGAGCUUCCAGAAGUUACUGUUGCACAACUGCAAAUAUUAGAACUGGUUUUAAAAAAAAAAUGCCUGUCAAGACUUGAUGGAUGGCAUAUUGUCUUGAAAGCUACCAAACAGAUGUGUGGUGCACUUAGGCAAAGUGAUUACAGUGGAUUCUCAAGGUGUGAACUUUAUUCACUGCAGUAAUAAUUGCAUUUGCCAUAUGUAUUUAACCAGAUCAAUAGUGGUCUCAACAUACUGUAUAAUCCUGCAAAUCCAGGUCUUUCCUGGUUACAAGGCCAAAAUCCCACUCUAUAUUCGAGGCUUAACAUUCCUCAUCAGCUGGACCUGGAAGAGAGGAUUCUUUGAAAUUACAGUAUGGAAACUGGCAUCUUGAACAGCCUGAAAAAUAAUUAUGCUGGUAAUAUUUUGUCUUUUUCUAUUUCCCUGCCUCCCCAUGGGCUCGGUUCAUACAGCACAUUAAAUUAAUGGAGCUAAGAUCACUUUAGCCGGUUAUAUGAACCAAGCCACCAUAUUAAACUACAAUUUGCUCAGUGUAUUGUUUGAACAAGGCAUGUGAACACAGCGAUUAUAUCUUGUUAAUCAAGGUCUAGGAUGUUAUCUGAACCCAGCCUUGAUUUCUUUGGAUGUCGGCCACAAGAUAAACAAGUUAUUCACUGGUAGUGCUAGACAGGAUAAGGUAUGUUAUGUGCACACACCCAAAAACCAGUUUUCCCUUUUAAGCCAAGUAUAGGCUGAAAAGUUGCUUAUUUUUGCCUUGGGAGGUUAGAUCUUUUAACAUAUUUUUGGCAUUAAUUUUCAGAUUGAUUGAUUUAGUGACAGGAAGAUGCUCAUAUUGCCUUGGACUAUGCAUCUAAGCCAAUCAGCAUUAAAAAAAAGAGGGUAUAUAAUAGUGGAGAGAUAGGCCUGCCCAAGGGCAUUACUGCAUGAUUUAAGUGGCAUCUCACCCCCCAGACCAAGGCAAGGGCAUCCAGUAGCAGAUUCUGGGGAAGAGCUGAGUGCCCUGAAUUGUACCCCAUGUAUCCAAUGGGCUUAGCAUGCUGGUGCUUUUUAUUUACGGCAAUCUUUGACUCGCCUACUCAAUAGACUAUAGAAGAAUGGUCAUAAAAAACCUGAGGCAUCAUGCUUGAUGUUAACAGUAGAAACUA